AUGGGGCUGUCAGGAGAGGGACUCUUGGCCUUCGAGUGGACGCUGAUUGCAGUUACAAUUGUUCUUGUCGUUGCACGUCUCCAUUUGAGGUUCAAUUACAUCGGAAUUGGGUUGGUGAUUAGUGACUGGUUCAUGUUCGCCACGUUGGCAUGCAACACAGCGUUGACAUGCACUGAUACAUAUCUAUACACUCGGGGUGUUUGGUCUGAAAGUAUCGACUACUACAUAGCUGGCUGGGUAAUAUCAGAAAACUACGAGCUUGUAGUGCUCAAGCUGCGGAUGUCCAGAGCCCAGAAGGUCAGCACGAGCAUCACUUUUGGUCUUGGGAUUAUCAACAUCGUCGUUACCUUCACCAGAUGGUUCAUCAAUCAGACAGACAUUGGGCCAGACGAAGACCUUGCCACCGCUCGUGAGUAG